UUCACUCGGACUGUAUUGAGGUGCGCACAGCUAAUCAUGUGACCGUAAUACAGGAGAAGCUGCACUAAACAUCAUUUAAUUUACAAAUAUUACCUUUAUUUUGUGUGAUGAUAUAUUAAAAGCGUCAGAAAAUGCUGUUAGUUUUAUCUGAGGAACACAAGGAGCAUUUAGGUUUCUUAUCAGAAGUCGAUUCUGCGGUUGUUGGAGAGUUUGGCCGAAUUGCUGUGGAGUUUCUGAAAAAGGGCUCAAACCCUAAAAUCUUCGAGGGAGCGGCACGGAAGCUGAAUGUGCCAGCGCAGAGCGUCCAGCACGGGGUGGAGGGGUUGAUGUACCUCCUCACGGAGAGCGCCAAACUCAUGGUUUCGGAGGGGGAUUUCCAGGACUCAGUGCUGGUGUUGGGGUUCUCGGAGGAGCUCAAUCAGCUUCUUCUCCAGCUGUAUUUGGAGAACAGGAAGGAGAUUCGGCAGAUCCUGGGCAAACUCGCCCCCAGCCUCCCACAUUACCACAACCUGGAGUGGAGGCUCGACGUUCAGCUGUCCAGUCGGGCUCUUCGCCACCAGCUGAAGCCCAGCGUGACCCUGAAGCUGGUCCUGGAGGACGGGCCGGGUCUCAGGGCCCGUGUGCUUCAGACGGACCCCUCCACCCUGCAGAACCUCAUCCGGGAGCUGGAGCGAGCGCUGGCCGAGCUCAAGAGCAGCCACUGCAGACGAGUGCUGCGCAACAUCAAGUAGAGCGCACACACACACACACA